CAGGGGGGACAUGAACAUGUCUCGGCCGGAGAAGCUCGGGGCCUGGAGGACCAGAGAUCUCCGAGAUCUGCUGGAAGAUGAAAACAAAAUGAAUCACAUCGUCAGACGCAGCGAGAAGGUCCAGAGGCUGCAGCGAGCCGCAGAGAAGAUACGGGAUUCAAAUCAAAAGAUGGCCACGGUCAGCCUCUCUCUAAAACCUAAGUUCAGAGACGCAAAGUUGCUGCUGUCUGUGAAAUACAAGGAGCUGGACAAACUUAGGAGCCUCAUUCAGGCCAAACAAGAACAACUCGCAGAGAAACGCAGCGUUCAUUACGCUCAGUGGGGCCUCCUGAAAAAGGUCGACCAGGCAGAGGAAGAGUGUGAGCUGCUGUUCCAGAUGUUUGCGGAAGGAAAGGCGACCCUGCCAGACUUCUUAUCCUCCUUCCUCAGCUCUCUCAAGCUCCACCACAUCAGGCUGGUCCUGGUGAAGAAGCUCCAGGAGACACUGGGAGACGAGCAGGACGCUCUGCGUUUCCCUGCGAGCUCCCCCGACCACAUCCACCAGCUGUGCGGCCUGACCGCGGCGGUCGUCUUCGCCUCCUGCUGCCACCCUCGUCCUCUCCUGCUGCCGCUCCCCGCCCAUCGCUCGCUCGUCCUCCGGCGCCCGCCGACGCUCGGCCCCGAGGAGUUCCCGGGGGGGCGACGGCGAGGAGGCCCCAGGUGGCCGGCGAGGCCCGUCCGUCUUCAGCCUCUGUGGAGCUGCAGCAGAGGAGACGCCAGCAACAUGGAGGCUGAUGUCACUCAGGGGGGAAAGUUUAAAAGACAUCAUGAAUAAACACAAAGACAAACAGAUUUAAAAAAAAAAAAAAAAAGAAAAGUUGAAUGAGUGGAAGGUUGAGAUGUUCUUUAGUUCUCAUUAUUAUCUUAAUUAAAAUAAUGAGAAGGCACUCUGACCAAAUUUAGACAUUAAAUGUUUCUCGAUGUAAUGUGAUCUGUUAUAUCUGAGCUCAUUGUAGCGUCUUAAAGCUUAAAUUUAAA